AUGGCCUCAUGUUCACCUAAACAGGUCUCGGAGCCAGCUCGAGAAAGGGAAUCUCUCAAGUAUGGAGCAUCGCUGCUCAACGAUAUUACAGACUCGCCCACCGAAGGCGCGCCCCCUGGCCAGCCUUCAGCCAACGGGACUGUGCCCAGCGACGAGAUAAAACGACAAGAAACUCCGAGAGACACUGUGCUUGCAUCUCUUGCGCAACUAGGACUCUGGAAAACAGGCACUGUCCGCGCCUUGAUAUCCCUGUUCGAUCGUAACCACCAAUAUAUUGUCGCCGAGACUACACAGCGAUCAUCUCUUGCCAAAAGCCCUAUCCGGCCCAAAGACAGAAAUGGAGACUUCUGGCUAUAUCCAGGGACAUUUCCACGGCAGCUCUCGGUUUGCGGCCGGGCCCUUAUGGCACAAAGCCAUGACCCUUCUUCCUCUGAUGAGGAACUGCCCCUCACUCUGAUACCAGAUCUUAAAGCUGAUGCUAGACUCUGCAAUAUACCGCAUCCUCUAUCAGAAUUUGCUGCUCGAUUUUAUGCGGCUGUCCCUGUGCGAUCACCUGCUGGCGUUGACAUUGGUGUUUAUUGCGUGAUAGACUCCGAACCGAGAGAAGCCGAGAGUUGGACCACCAAUGACACUGAGGUCCUACGAGAAAUCUCCUCUAAUAUUAUGGACUACCUUCGAUCCAAGAGUGUGGGAGAUGCUUAUCGAAGAAGCGUUCGUAUGACAAGGGGAAUUGGUUCGUUUGUUGAGAAGGAGUCGUCUAUGGCGGGUUGGAGAGCUCGAACGAAUUCUCCAGCCUUUCACGAUGAUGCGGCACGGGAAGGCAAUCUUAAUUCUGAACAGCAGGCCCUACAGCAGUUCAGAGACAUUGGCCUUCAGAAAAACUUGCCGGUUCACGUACCAGUGCAACCCAAUACGACAGGAGAAACCACCACUAUCAGCUCUGGGGGCUCCGGGGAGGCGAAUAUGACCAGUACUUCAUCAAAAAGUAUGUCUGUUCGAGAAUCCGAUGGUAAUGCCAAAGAGAAGGUAAUUGCCAAGAUAUUUUCUCGGGCAGCCAACCUCAUACGAGAAGGAAUAGAGAUUGAAGGCGUCGUCUUCCUGGACGCUAAUUUCGAGACGUCUGCUACCGAUUCAAUGCUUCAUGAGGGCCAGUCUUCGACCGAGUCAUCAUCGAGUAGCGAUGAGUCCAGUGAUAGGAUCGAGCAGGGAAAGUCUUGUUGUGGAAUUUUGGGGUUCGCUACUUCGACUUCAUCAAGCAUCAACUUGGAUGCAGGUUCCGACAUCCACACAACCAUGCCAAUGAAGUUGCUAGCAGCACUCUUGCGGCGGUAUCCUGCUGGUAAAGUCUUUAAUUUCGAUGAGGAUGGUAGUCUCUUAUCGAGUGGUUCGUCUGAGGCCGACCUUUGUACACCAAUGCCGAAGGAAGAAUAUUUUGGUGAAGGAUCAACUGCGAAGAUGUCUGGUAAAAGUCAGCGUCCUUGGUCACGAUCUUUAGAAGGACCGUCAGUUUCCAAGACUUUCCCUGGUGCUCGAAGCGUGGCUUUUGUGCCUGUUUGGGAUCCCAAAAGAGACCGUUGGCUGGCGGGAGGUUUCGCAUAUACUCGGACACCCACGCGGACAUUUACUAUUGAGGGUGAGUUGAGUUACCUGCGAGGGUUUGGCAUGCUGGCCAUGUCGGAAGCCCAAAGACUCGAGGCCAUGCUUGUGAACAAGGCACAAUCCGAUGUGCUUGGCUCCUUAUCUCACGAACUGCGCACUCCUCUUCACGGAGUCAUGCUCUCAGCCGAGUUGCUGUCCGAUACUCAGCUGGAUGUUUUCCAGGGAAACCUACUACGAACACUUGAGACAUGUGGCCGAACACUAUCCGAGACCAUUGAUCAUCUUUUAUAUUUCUCAAAAGUCAAUCAAGCUGCAGCUCAUCGAAAGAAGGAGCGCCGAGCCCGAAAACGAUCCAUUGUCUCAGACCCUGCCACGACAGUUCCUGCGAGUGUUUCGACCUCCGAGGUUAGGCUGGACGCCCUAAUUGAGGAGGUCAUGGACAGUGUUUUCGCCGGCCAUGUAUUCAAGGGCAAUGAAGCCCACAAAGCUUGGCAAACCGCUAAUCCAAGCAAGCGCGUGAACAUGGAGGAUGAGAAUGAUCUGACAGGCGGCCAGUCUGAAGAUCCCGUCAAGUACGAAGUGCCGCUUGGACACGACAGCCAGGUGGCCAUCUUUCUUGACAUUGACCCCUACGUGCCGUAUCGCUUCCACGUUGCCGCAGGAGCACUCCGCCGUGUUGUGAUGAACCUCUUUGGAAAUGCACUCAAGUAUACACACAAGGGCACAAUCACGGUUUCCCUAUCUCAAAAACCCUUAUCCUCGAAUAACCCAAGUGGUCACAGACGCUUGGUUCGCAUCUCGGUCACAGACACUGGCCAAGGAAUAUCUCCAGACUUUCUUCGAAACGAUCUCUUCAAACCGUUCUCCCAGGAAAACCAUCUUUCACACGGCACAGGGUUAGGUUUAAGUCUGGUCAAGAAGAUCGUGGCAUCAAUGGGCGGCAAAAUAUCGAUCGAGAGUGAAGUCAACGUCGGGACUACAGCAACCAUAACAUUGCCCUUAUCACGAUCCAAAGACUCAGACAGUUCAAAUCCGGGGCAAGAGAAGAAUGAAGUUGAUGAAGAGACUAAGCGUCUAAAAGGACUGCGUCUGCGAUUGGUUGGUUUCCCUUCUGAGGAGGAAAUCAAGUCGAGAACGGGUCGGGGCAUUCCCAUGUCUGCCAUGAAAGUAAUGUGCCACCGCUGGUUGGAGAUGGAUGUCAUCAACGAAGCUACAUGUCAGGACGUGGCUCCGGACCUUGUUCUAUGCAAUGAGAUAGCGAUUGAGGACCCGGUGCUAAGUAGCGAAGAGCUUGUUAGGUGUCCCGUGGUUGUGGUGUGUGCCAAUGCCAUUACGGCACAUAAGCGAUCUUCCGAGAGCAAAGUAUCUGAGGACCAGCGAGUUUAUGAAUUCGUUUCUCAACCUUUCAGCAUUGGCCCACACAAACUUGCUCGAAUUCUUCAUAUAGCAUUAUGUCGGUGGGGAGACUUACAAGCGUUAUCGCCGGCUGCGCCAGUAGUUGAAGAUGAAGAGCAUUUGGAUUAUGCAUCCGAUGAUGCCAAAAGAUUCUCGACUGAAAGCAAUACAGAAGGAGAGGCCCCUGAUAAUAAAUCGACGCCAGGUCCAGGAGCGGCCUCACUAAAACGCCCUAGUCCCCCAUCACGAGUUCCGUCCAAACGCCCUUCCCAAGCGACGCACCAACAGGGGUCAACUGCGGCGAGCGAGCCCAAGAGUUUCCUCCUUGUCGAUGAUAACCCCAUCAACCUCUCGGUGCUGUGUGCCUACAUGAAGAAGCUUAAGAGAAAGUACAUCACGGCAGCAGACGGACUCGAAGCUGUGGAACGGUUCCAGGAGAGCCCAGAUGAAUUUAGUUGCAUCUUGAUGGAUAUCAGCAUGCCACGAAUGGACGGUAUUGAGGCCACAAAAGAGAUACGGGCCUUCGAGAACAAAGAAGGUCGGGAACCCGUUGUAAUUCUUGCCUUGACGGGCUUGGCAUCAGCGAGUGCCCAGCAAGAUGCUUAUGCCUGUGGCGUUGAUGUGUUUCUCUCUAAGCCUGUUAAGCUCAAGGAGCUGAGCAGUAUAUUGAGGGAGAGGAGUUUGGCGUAG